CUUCCGGCGGCGCGCGAGGUCACGCCCUGGUCCGGGCCCGCUCGUCCUCCCGUCCGCACGUGUGUGCUCCGCGAUGCUGCCGCUGCUGCGCUGCGUGCCCCGCGCCCUGGGCGCCGCCGCCACCGCCCUCCGCGCCGCCGCCCCGGGCCCGGCGCUCCGGCAGCUGCUGCAGCCCGCGCCCCGCCCGUGCCUCCGGCCCUUCGGUCUGCUCAGCGUGCGAGCCGGCUCCGCGCGGCGCUCCGGCCUCCUGCAGCCCCCGGUGCCUUGCGCGUGCGGCUGUGGCUCCCUGCACACCGAAGGAGACAAAGCUUUUGUUGAGUUCUUGACGGAUGAAAUUAAAGAAGAAAAGAAAAUCCAGAAACAUAAGUCCCUUCCCAAGAUGUCUGGAGAUUGGGAGCUGGAAGUGAAUGGGACGGAGGCUAAACUAUUGCGCAAAGUUGCUGGAGAAAAGAUCACUGUCACCUUCAACAUCAACAACAGCAUCCCCCCAACGUUUGACGGUGAGGAGGACCCCCCACACGGGCAGAAGGCAGAGGAGCAGGAGCCGGAACUGACAUCAACUCCCAAUUUUGUGGUUGAAGUUACAAAGAGUGAUGGCAAGAAGACCCUCGUACUGGACUGUCACUAUCCUGAGGAUGAGAUCGGACAAGAAGAAGAGGCCGAGGGUGAUAUUUUCUCUAUCAAGGAAGUUAGCUUUCAGUCCACUGGUGACUCCGAAUGGAGGGACACUAACUACACACUCAACACGGAUUCCCUGGACUGGGCCUUGUAUGACCACCUCAUGGAUUUUCUUGCCGACCGAGGGGUGGACAACACUUUUGCCGAUGAGUUGGUGGAGCUCAGUACAGCCCUAGAGCACCAAGAAUACAUCACCUUUCUGGAGGACCUCAAAAGCUUUGUCAAGAGCCAGUAGAAAUGACAGAGACUGGAGGCCUUAAUUUAAAUGGCAAGCUUGGCCAGUAAACAAAAGCUACCUAGACAUCAGAGUUAUGCUUUCAAAUGGCUGUCAUCCUAAUAUCAUGGGAGGAAAAAGCAAGUUUAACACUUUAUUGCUGUUAUGCUUCCAUUUACUAUUCAUUUGGUUUUUUCCUGUACAAAUCUGUGAUCUGUAGAUUUUUGUAUAAGAUGGACAAUAAAAUUGAUUUUAUCACCAAGAA